AUGGUGGAGCAGGGGCCUCAAAUGACAUUUAAAUUAUUGGACCUCAUGCGGAAGACAGGGUAUCCCAUUGUUCAGCACAAUGGCCAAAGGAAAUUCGGACCACCUCCCGAUUGGACUGGGCCUCCGCCACCGAAGGGUUGCGAAGUAUUCAUCGGGAAACUUCCAAGAGAGAUUUUUGAAGACGAGUUGGUGCCUAUAUUCUCUCGCGUCGGUAAGAUUUAUGAAAUGAGACUGAUGAUGGACUUUUCAGGAUCUAAUAGAGGAUAUUCCUUCGUGACGUACGCUACUAAAGCCGAAGCGUCUGCCGCUGUGAGGCAGCUAAAUGGUUACGAGAUUAGAGCACGAAGGUACAUCGGAGUCGUGAAAUCCGCUGAUAACUGCCGUCUUUUUGUAGGCGGUAUACCAAAGACAAAAACCAAGGACGAUAUCUUUCAGGAACUCUCGAAGCGUGUGUCGGGAAUCGUGAACGUGAUUCUUUACAAGAACUGUAAUGACAAAAGACUGAACAGAGGUUUCGCUUUCGUGGAGUUCACCUGCCACACGGCGGCAGCCAUGGCGAGACGUGCUUUAGUACCUGGAUGCGUCAAGAUUUGGGAUCAAGAGGUAGAGGUGAACUGGGCUAAACCCGAACCUGAUAUUGAUGAUGACCAAAUGAAAAAGGUAAAAGUUUUAUACUCGCGCAACUUUCAAAUAAGUACUACCCCAGAAACAAUUCAAUCUAUAUUUGAAUCUGCAACAAAUGGCAAAAUAGAGCGCGUUAAAAAAAUAUAUGACUAUGCAUUUAUACAUUUCUAUGAAAGAGAGCAUGCUGAGCUUGCUAUGGCGAAAUUACAAAAUGCUGAUAUUGAUGGAAGUAUUAUUGAGAUAAGAUGGGCUAAGCCAGUUGAUAGGGAGUUGUACCGAAUACAAAAGCUGCACAGAGGCAAUGCGAAAUUUAACAAUUUUCUUGACCUUUCUCAAACUUUACUGCUUUAUAAACAGCACUUGGAAAAAAAGAAUAUGCAAAUUCUCUUAAAGAAGAUGAAGGCAUUGGGUCUGCUUGUGCAGGAGAAUCUUCUUGUUGUUCAUCAAUAG